UUUUCACUCGAUGCAGCACGUACCACUGGUUCAACGAAACAGUGAAGAGAAAAUAUAAGGCUUAAUUCUUGCUUAGUGCCCGAUUAUAUUGAUAGUGUUACAUUCGUGUACUGUUAGAGAAUCCGGGAAAGGUAAAUCAAACUGGCCGCAAUAAUAAGCCACGCCAUGUCCGACACGGUCGAUGGCCCUGAGGUUCCUAAAUCGAAGCGCCCUUCAGAUUCGGCCUUCAAGCAGCAGCGUCUGCCUGCAUGGCAGCCCGUCCUAACCGCUGGUACUGUUCUACCCGCCUUCUUUCUAAUUGGCAUUUUUUUCAUACCGAUCGGUGCAGUGCUGUUGAUUUCAUCGAACUCGAUAAAUGAGUUUGUGUACGAUUAUACCCAUUGCAUGCCGGAUAUAGGCAAUCAAACAUGCGCCGAGAUUAUCAGUCAGAACCCAGGCACAACCUGCGAAUGCACCGUGCGGUUCGAGUUAACGAAAGACUUUCUCGGUAGGGUGUACAUGUACUAUGGGCUGACCAACUAUUUUCAAAACCACCGCCGCUACGUAAAAUCGCGCGACGAUGACCAGCUGCUUGGUCGUUUGUCGCCGGUACCAUCAAGUGACUGUGCACCAUUCGCAUAUGCUGACGAAGAAGAUCAAAUACCAAUUGCGCCGUGUGGUGCGAUUGCUAAUUCAUUGUUUAGUGACAAGUUCGAGUUGUAUUCACUGAAUCUCGGACGCAAGGUGCCCCUUUUGCAAACGGAAAUUGCAUGGCCAUCUGAUCGGAACAUAAAGUUUCGCAAUCCAGAGGGUGAUUUAAAGGAGGCCCUGCGAGGUUUUAGACGCCCGAAAGCUUGGAAACUCGAACUGUGGGAGUUGGACGAAACCAACAAGAAUAACAACGGUUUUCAGAACGAGGAUCUAAUUGUAUGGAUGCGCACCGCCGCACUGCCAACGUUCCGGAAGCUUCACCGUCGCAUUGAUCACUCGCAAGAGCGCUUUGAGGAGGGCCUUAACAAGGGCAACUAUUCGCUUCGGGUCAUGUACUCUUAUUCGGUCAUUGAAUUUGAAGGAACCAAAAAAUUCAUCCUUUCAACCACAUCAGUGUUGGGUGGUAAAAACCCGUUCCUCGGAUUUGCCUACAUAGUCGUUGGUAGUGCGUGCUUGCUGCUAGGAAUAGUUCUACUCAUCAUUCACCUUAAGUGCAGUAAAACAAACGGUGGAAUCAGCAGCGUGCAUCAAAGGUCGUCAUCGCGCCCCUAGGAGUUACUGUGCCUUAGCAGCUAGUUCAACUUGCUGCCGUUGCUGAGUACGAUCCAUUUGAAUUAAAAUAUUUCCUGUUAUACUCUUGCCUUUUUUUUUUGUUCUAUUGUGAAGAUUUGGUUUGAAGUCUAAUUGAGCAAUGAGGAUCUUAACGAUUAAUUGCAAACUUGAUGUACUUGAUUUGCAAUGAAUUUGAAUGGAUCGAUUGUUGCAAUCUUGAAUUGAUAUGUAUCGCAGCCUAGUUGUGAAACUGUAAACUCCGCGUCCUAAGCGAAUAUUGAGUUUUAUUGUUAUGAGGAGAUUUUGAAACAGACAAGUACAUGCUUAAGGUUGUUCGUGAUACAUCAGACAGUUAUAAGUAUUAUCAAUUGAGUACAGUAGAGAGUUGAUCGAUUGACCUAUUGUUCAACAAUGCAGUUGAAUUGACAAAACUUGUUACAAAUGAGUAAUGUGAUGACAUUAACCAAGAAAUAACUAGGACCGAGAGGUAAGGCGCUGUAAAACCAUGUAUUAGAAACUGUACCCCAGGAAGCCUUAGGUGCACGUCGUUGAAAGACCAGAUUUGGCUGGUGCGACGAUAAAUGAUGUGUUGUGACGGAACAAAAAAUCAUUACGUUCGAAAAGCCAUGAUAGAUAGACGCAGGAUGCGGUCCAGCGUACGGGCUUGCAGGUAUUGCCGAGAGUUCAAAAGAAAACCAAGUUCAGAAGAAAAAGAAGCGUUGGGAACAACAAAGGUUACGUGAACUUGAGGAAAGCUUAAUGAUCAUCCAUUUGCGCGGCACCGAUUCAUCGGUUUCUACACGAAAGGCGUCAGCUUCAACACCGACAGUGCAUCGACUCUGUGUGGCUCUGUCCGUUCUAUACUAUUGACACAUAAAUAAAAAUAAAUAUUUUAGA